AUGGCUACUGUCGAUCCCUUCGACCACCUCAAUAUGAUUGUCAACAAAAUGAGAAUCUUGGAAGACUCGAUAGAGGAGCAUGUCAAUGAAUUAUUAGAAAAGGUUCUUAAACCACUGGCUCUGAUGUACCGCUUAGACGGUGAGCACAAUUUGUCUGGGGAGCGCGAGAACUUCAUAAGAGGAUGUUUUAAAGAUAUCUACUGGAGUUUAAGAGUCCACUCGUACUUGCACCAUAAAAAUCCUGCCGACACUGAAAAUCUCCUUAAAGUGGGCGAGUGGGGUGGCCUGAGCCCCGAUGAUAUGAAAGAACUGACGAAAGAACACUCAAAACAUUUCAUAGACCCUGGAAGCAAACUCUUGGAAAUGUUCAGCCACCACAUGAAAAGUCUUGCCGAAAGAGGGAGCAAAGAACACGCCAGAGGUGUAUUAGAAAUAGCACAGUUCUGGUUUGGCCAACUUGGACCUGGAAACAUCUUCCUACCAGACGUUUUGGUGGUGGUUGAAGAUGAGCGCUUGAAGAAGUUUUUCGUAGGUGCAUCAAUAGCAGUAAGUGACUUUGUAAAGCCUAUCAGUCUGUACAAUCGAAUCACAAAUCUUAAAGAAAGCUUCGGAAAUGCAGUAGUACAUUUCCUUCCUCUGAAUAAUCCAGAUCAAGAUAACUGGACAUUCUUGUAUGCCUUUAAAAGUCAAAAUAGCGCGACAAGAUAUGAUUCCUUGACUAGUGGGCUUCCUUGUAAAAAUUGUCGGACGAUGUUUAAAAAAGACCUAAAUGACAAGGGAGGACCCACAUGUCUUGGUACAUGUGCAGAAUACUGUGCUGUAAACGAGCUUCUACCAAAUGAGCAACCUACUUUGGACCAGAGUCAGAAUCGGCCCGCAGAAAAACUGGAAGAAAACAAAUCCCGAUCCAUGGCUAUUCUCACAAACUAUAAAAGUAUCAUGAAUAAGUGCAAAACUGCCGUGGCCUCAGGAGACCAAAAUGAAAUAGAGAGAGUGUACUGGGAAGUGGUACACGUUCUUCACGUUUUUGGCUUAUGGCCAGAGUGUAAUCGUUACUUUUGAUUUUCUUUUCUUCUCGGUUUUCCUGUUUGUCAGGAAUUAACAGGAUAUUACGCCCGUCAAAAAAAAUGGGAAUCUCAGUUAGAUUAGAACCUAACUUCCGUUCUUUGAACUUUGAGUCAUAUUUGCUUGGUUAAAAAUGACAAUGUUCUAAGUUGAAGAAAUGGUUACGUCAGUUGUAGUUGUAUUGUUAUAUGUAAUCACAUAACAUUUAUCAUUUUGUUUAAAUAGGUUUAAUGUCUUCUGUAAAACUGGGAUUACUAUGAAGUUUUCAAUUUUCAAUCUGCUGUAACUUCGCUCUGUUGUAGUUAGUUUUAAAAUUAAAAUAUGUUGCUUGUUUGAUUUUGCCCCCACCUACUUUGUGGCUGUCGCAACUACAUGUAUUAUUAACCAUCGGGUUAAGCUAUUGCAUUUUGUUUCCAUCGCAACGUACUGCAUUUAAUAAAAUGAUGAUUGCUUGACAAAAAAAUCUGAUGUUAACUUUCAAUGUUUUAUUAUACACUCUUACAGAAAUGUUCCUCUAUUUAUUGGCUCAUUGAGUCAAAAGAAAUAUUCUUACUUUGCAAUUUGUUUCUGAAGAAAUGAAGAUAUAAAAGCAAUAUCAAUCUUUCUCGUUCGAUUGUAAUCAUUACUAACACACCGUUAAAGAGUUAAAUGCUUAAAGUAAACAGGACAGUAAGUUUCCUCAAAAGUUCUCGUCUAAAACAGUUACUUUUUAGAACUGUUUAGAAUUACUUUGGUUUAAAAAUAUCUCACAACCCAAGGCACUCAAUAAAACUCAGGAUUUAGCGUAUUUUCUUCUUAAUAAACAAGCCUUUCUAAUUUCUAACUAUAAAGAUGUGCGUAGGGAUAAAGUAGAAGCACGCAGGCCCUCAUAUUAGCCUCUUCUGCAACCGUCUUCAGGGGUGUCAUGCAGCGUUCCUCAAAAUGAAAGAGGGAAUUUUGCGUGACAUCUAAAAAUGAUGGUGAAGGGUACUACCUCUUAAAAGCAGUGAAGCUCAAGCAAAGAAUAGAGGGGUGAGCCAGUGAGCAGUGUGGCUCAACCACUACUGCUAUGCCUGAGGGCUUCUUCUAACACAAGUCUAGUUAGGAACUCAUAAAAUUCAUGUAUUCGCUUCUAAGCAUAAUAAUAAGAUGUGCUUGUCAAUUAAAAGAUAA